AUGCUGUCGCUCUCCUUCGUCUCCAGCCCCGCGCUGCUGCUGCGCGCGCCGCCGCCACGGAUGGUUGCUACCGCGCCUGCGCCGACGACGGGCAAGCUCGACCUCGUCGAGCCUGUUUUUCCGGAGCAGUGCGAGUACUGCGGCGUGACCCUCUCCCGCUACGCGCGCGCCAACCCCGACAAGCCGGACCUCGUCGAGCUCGUCUCCGUCAUGACCUCGGUCGAGCGCGGCUGCAAGACCAUCUCCAACCUGGUCCGCCGCUCGCCCAUGUCUGGGCUGACUGGCCUCGAGGACGGCGGAGGCUCCGUCAACGAGCUGCGAGCAGCGCCUCCUCACACCUCCGGCUGCGAGGAGCAGAAGAAGCUGGACGUCAUCACCAACACGGUGCUCAAGAACGCGCUCAAGUUCUCGGGCGCCACUGGGCGCAAGAUGGGAGUGCUUGCCUCGGAGGAGGAGGACGCGCCCGUCGGCCUCGACGACGAUGCUGAGGAGCUCUACGAGUGGAACAAGGAGGUGGUGGUGGAGGAGGGGCAGAAGUACGUCGCCGUCUUCGACCCGCUGGAUGGCUCGUCCAACGUCGACGCAAACAUCCCGACGGGCGCUCCAUCUCCACCCUCGAGGCGCCGGAGGGGCACCAUCUUUGGCAUUUUCGAGGAGCCGGAGGGGUGCACCGUCAUGGGAGACAACGACGAGGCGGCAGAGGCUGGCUACUGCCUCUACUCUGCCGCGACCGAGCUUGUCAUGUCCUUCGGCGGCAAGACCUGCCAGGGCUUCACGCUGGACGAGCAGGUCGGUGAGUUCAUCCUGACGAAGCCGAACAUGCAGAUCCCCAAGCGCGGCAAGCCAAUCUACUCGGCCAACCGCUGGGACUGGGAGGCGCCGCUGCGCGACUACAUCACCGCCAUCCAAAAGGGCGAAGGCGAGACGGGCAAGCAGUACACUGCCCGCUACCUCGGCUCGAUGGUUGGCGACAUCCACCGCACCCUCCUGUACGGCGGCAUCUUCGGCUACCCCGGCGACGCCAAGAACCCGAAUGGCGAGCUGCGCGGCACCCGCAUCCUGGAUAUCGAGCCGACCAACGUGCACCAGCGGGUGCCCUGCUUCUUCGGCUCCGCGGACGACGUCGCAGAGAUGCGCUCAUACUACAAGUAA